AUGACACCGUCUGCGAAAGUUCUUCUUCCACCUCAACGUUCAGUUGGCAACUGCCGUCUACCAAGCACAAACAUAGUGGUUGAAUAUCUCGUUUCCUUUGUGUUCAUCAGAUGCCGAUCAUUAAGAACGCCUGCAAAUACAUUAAUUAUAAAUUUAGCAAUUAGUGAUUUUCUAAUGAUGUCUAAAACUCCAAUAUUUAUUUAUAACAGUCUGUAUUUUGGACCAGCUCUUGGAUCGAUUGGUUGUGAACUUUAUGGAUACAUUGGCGGUUUAACUGGUACUGUAUCAAUUGUAACACUAACAGCAAUAUCAAUAGAUCGUUAUCUGGUAAUUGUAUAUCCAAUGGAUCCAAAUAAACGUUUUACUGGCUUCAAAUCAAAAUUAUGUAUAAUCACAACAUGGGUGUAUGGUGUAAUAUUUUCAACAUUACCAUUAUUAAAUGUUGGUGUUGGUAACUAUGUACCAGAAGGUUUAUUAACCAGUUGUAGUUUUGAUUAUUUAUCCAAUGAUCAUAUGGUGAAAAUGUUUAUAUUAAUAUUCUUUUGUGCUGCAUGGGUAUUACCAUUUUGUGUUAUAUGUUUUUGUUAUUCUCGUAUAUUAUUUGUGGUAAUUGAAGCACAAAAGUUAACACGUACAGGAGCAACUGGUAGUGUAUCAUCACGUCAUUGUAAAGAUGAAGAGAAAAGACGUACAGAAAUUAAAUUAGCUGGUGUUGUUGUUGUUGUUAUAUUAUUAUGGUUUUUGGCAUGGACACCAUAUGCAAUUGUUGCACUACUUGGCAUAUCAGGCUAUCAACAUUUGAUAACACCAAUUACAUCAAUGGUACCAGCAUUAUUUUGUAAAAUUGCAAGUUGUGUAGAUCCUUUCAUAUAUGCAGUGACACACCCACGUUUUCGCAGUGAAAUAAAAAAUAUGUUUGGCAGAGGUUCAAAACAUCAACGACGUGGUACAGCUCGACAGCAGAGUCAACAAUAUUCAAUAUCAAUAUCAUCCGAAAGUGGUCUUGCAGAAAAGCCACCACCUCCGCCUCCAGUUCCACCUUUACAGGUUCCACAAGAGAUACGGAAUGAUUCCUUACGCAGUAAUCAAAGUGGUAAUAUUGAGGAAAUUAUGGUUUUGGUUAAUAUACCAACAACAAACAAAUUUUCUUCUCAAACUUUCAGUAACAGUGGACAUUCAACUUCGUUAAAUAUGUCAUCUGCUGAUUGUUUACAAAAUGCCUCAAGACCACCCUCAUGGUAUAAGAAACCAUCAUUUGCAACUCGUUCAACAAAGUCAAGUAUUAAAUCCAUUCGAGGCAGAUUAUCAUCUGUGAAAAGAGAUCCGUCUACGUAG